AUGCGGCUGGAAUCUUUAAACAAAGGAGAUCAAAAGGAGACUGAGAAUAACCGGAAGAUACCGCGUAUUCUCACUUCAUUCACUUCACCAUGGACUCGAGUUAUCCAACAACGUUUGUUCAAAGUUCUCCUCAAACAGGCAGUGAAUCUUCAGGUAGAAAAAUUUUCUGGGGUAAGUACAAGCGGACUAACCAAACUUCGACCGGAGGUUACCCUGACUCUUAUUGCCUUGACAAUCAUCGCAAUUCUCCUGAAUGUUAUCCUCUCCGUUCGAUGUGCUCUAACUAAGUGCUACUUCGAUUCUCUCCGCCGGGGUGAACGUGAUCAUUGUCUGGGCAAGUGGCUCUGUUUCGAGCGCUCUGAGCCAUCUCUGCCAUGGGAGAAAGGUCAUCGACCUAAUCAGGAGGGUCAGCAUUACAGCCUCAUGCUGCCCCCAUCUCCUCCCCUGCCACCUCCAGCAUUCUACACACCCUACCAUCAGGUGAAGUUCAUUUGCCCAUUUUCUCAAAAAAGUCUUGCGUAG